GCUGUGGGUGGUGGUGGGCGGCGGGGUUAAGCGCGUCGCCGCGCCCGGGCCUAGGCGCGAGCCCGGAGCGCUGAAUCCGCGCCUCGGACGUGGACCUACCUAUUCACGCCAUGGGUCUCUGCCCCUGUCCCUGCCGCGCAGCCCUGCUCCCGGGUGGCCUCCUGUUCCUCCUGCUGCUCGCAGACCCGGCGCUCCCGGCCGGACGUCCCCCUCCGGUGGUCCUGGUGCCUGGUGAUUUGGGCAACCAGCUGGAGGCAAAGCUGGACAAGCCGAAGGUUGUGCACUACCUCUGUUCCAAAAAAACGGACAGCUACUUCACACUCUGGCUGAACCUCGAACUGCUGCUGCCUGUCAUCAUUGACUGCUGGAUCGACAAUAUCAGGCUUGUGUACAACAGAACAUCCCGGGCCACCCAGUUUCCUGAUGGUGUGGAUGUGCAUGUCCCCGGCUUUGGGAAGACCUUCUCACUGGAGUUCCUGGACCCCAGCAAAAGCAGUAUGGGCUCCUAUUUUCACACCAUGGUGGAAAGCCUUGUGGGCUGGGGCUACACACGGGGUGAGGAUGUCCAGGGAGCCCCCUACGACUGGCGCCGAGCCCCAAAUGAAAACGGGCCCUACUUCCUGGCCCUCCAGGAGAUGAUCGAGGCGAUGUACCAGCUGUAUGGGGGCCCCGUGGUGCUGGUUGCCCACAGUAUGGGCAACAUGUACACGCUCUACUUUCUGCAGCGGCAGCCACAGGCCUGGAAGGACAAGUAUAUCCGUGCCUUUGUGGCACUGGGUGCGCCCUGGGGGGGCGUGGCCAAGACCCUGCGCGUCCUGGCCUCAGGGGACAACAACCGGAUCCCGGUCAUUAGUCCCCUGAAGAUCCGGGAGCAGCAGCGGUCUGCCGUCUCUACCAGCUGGCUGUUGCCUUACAACUAUACCUGGUCACCUGAGAAGGUGUUUGUGCGCACACCCACGACCAACUACACGCUGCGCGACUAUCACCAGUUCUUCCAGGACAUUGGCUUCGAAGAUGGCUGGCUCAUGCGGCAGGACACGGAAGGGCUGGUUGAAACCAUGGUGCCACCUGGUGUGCAGAUGCACUGCCUCUAUGGCACUGGUGUCCCCACGCCAGACUCCUUCUACUACGAGAGCCUCCCGGACCGCGACCCUAAAAUCUACUUUGGUGAUGGAGAUGGCACUGUGAACUUGCAGAGUGCACUGCACUGCCAGACCUGGCGCAACCACCAGGAGCAGGAAGUAUCAUUGCAGGCGCUGCCAGGCAGCGAGCACAUUGAAAUGCUAGCCAAUGCCACUACUCUGGCCUAUCUGAAACGCGUGCUCCUUGGGCCCUGAUUCUUGGACUAGGCAGGGCUGUGCGAUGGCUUGGCCACAGCUGCUUCUCUUGGCCUCCAGGGCUGCCAUAGCCCAUGAGUUUAGCAGUUUGUGACUGGUCAUCCAAGGCCCUGGGUCUUGGAGUGUGAAACGUCUGCCAUGGGAAGUACUGUUUCUUAUCCUUUCUCUGGGAAUGAGGAAAGAAGAAAUAGUCUGCACUCACUCGAGGGGCCCUUCAUGGAAAGAAUGCUGCUGCUGAUGGAAUUGUGACCUCAGGACUGGUCCCACGGGUGAAUUGGCUAGCACCUGGAUCCAAUCCCCAACUGAGGGGCCAUGUGUUCCUCCUACCCCUGUGGCCUUUUCACAUUCAUGUACCAGGCCCUGGCCCCUCAGCCUUCCAGUGAGUGAUAUGGCUGAACUGUGGUCCCUAUUCCCAAAAGCCCCAGGGAUGGGCUCCUCAUCCCUAGGGUGAUCCUUCCCACACACUGAACACAGGUGGGCCUGCUACUGGCCAUGGGUGGCUGGAGCUGCUGGCUUCUCUGUGGCCUAGCUGCUCCAUAGUCUGACUGUGGCUUUGGAGCGGGUAGCCCUGUUUCCCCUGCGGGCAGGGGCGGGCUGUUGUGUCCUCUGUGGUUCCCAGGCUCUGGGACAUUCACUCUUACCUUCCUUACCUCCAAAAACAGCCUAGCUCAGGAUUGGGCAGCAGAUGCCCACCCCCCAAGUUUUGGGGGCUGUGUUCCAGGAGCUCUUAUCCCCUCGGUUGGGCUAUUUCCCACAGUAUUGAUGCUGGCUCCCUUUGCCCUGGGACUGUGGUUCAAGAAUGAGAGCAGGGCCCAGUGCUAUGGCCUUUUAGAUCCUCAUGAAGAAAGAGAACUCAAGGAAGCAGCCAAGGUGACUCAGAGCUUCCCUGAACUGCCCUCUUGCUAACCCUACCAUAUUGCCACCCUGCCCUAGGGUUUUGCUAGCACACAAGUGAGCUGGCAAAGGGCUGAAAGGAGAUAGGGCUGCUGCCUAUCUUGCCUAACACCUACCUCCACCAGGCAGCUCAGUGGUGUUUAGUGUGCAGGGAUUAACUCAGAAACUUGAGUGGGCCCCUGUGAAAGCCAGGUGCCUUGGAGCCCCCUUGGGGGUUUUCUGUCUGACUCAGAGGUGCUGCAUAGGUCUCCCUGUGAUAACAGGGCUGUAGAAUCGGAAUCUGCCUUGGUGGUCUCGGUCUCCAAGUAGGCAACAGCAAUAGGCCAAGACAUGGGUCUAGCCUCUAGGGUGGCCCCAAAGCCACAGUCAGUCUAGACUGUGCUGAUCUCCCACAAGGUUUCUGUGGAGCUGGAUUUUCUCUGUUGUGUACAUACCCAGCAUCUGUCUCUCCCUUUGUUCCUGAGCGGUGGGCCCUGCAAUGGGGCUCUGAGCAGGCUGUACCUCGAUUCUGGCAAUAAAAGUAUUCUGGAUGCUGUAAAGUA